UUUAGCCAGCGAAGAGCACGCCGAGCACCUGAUUGGCUGCAACACUGCGUCAUCCCAAACCCUUCGCUGAUUGGUCAACGUCGUACAUAUCGGAAGUAGGGAGAAAAAUUCAACAUGGGUACUCGUUUGAAGGUCCUAAGCGUGUUUAAAAAGCUGCACAGAACAAGAAUGGACGUAUUCAGAGAGGAUGGAAGAGCUUUGGCAGCUGCAAGGCUAAAGAUCAACGAGGAGUUCAAGAAAAACAAACAUGAAACGUCAGAGGAAAACAUAGAAAAGAUGAUUAAAAUGGGCUCUGAUGUGGAAGCUGUUCUUCGUGAGACUGUGCUGCAAGUGGAACACGUUGCAGAAAACAAACUCUUGCUUCGACCUAGAGAGGGUCUACUGUUGGAAAAUGUGCCCUAUUGUGAUGAACCAAGGAAAAAAUUAUGACCAUCCUUCCUUGAUGCUCAUUUUGAGCAUCAAUCAAGAGAUAUUCAUUCAUCACACCCAGCUGCCGUUUAAUGGAUAUCACAAAACAGUGUUUAAAGUUGUGAUGACCUCCUGAGCCAUUACAUUAUGGCUAAAAAAGGUUGCUGUAAACCUGAUGCCAUUAUUUCAUGUACAGUAUUUUAUUAGUUGUUAUAAAAUGUGUUAGUUGCUUGUAAUAAAGGCAAUUUGAUCCAAAAUUAUGUUACUGAUACUGGAA